AUGCCGACUGCUGAAGAGGUUCAGAAAGAAGCUCGUGAACGCUCUGUGGAUAUCUUGUCACAAUGGAACACUUUGAAGCGAGUAUUGGAGGGACAUGAGAAAGUUCUGCGCAAGCGCUGGAUGAAAAAGACUAAGGCAAACCGUAUGGCGAUCAUAACCGAAGCGUGGCCAAACAUGCCAUCAAUGCAUCGACCAGACUUCGAGGCGUUAAAACGAGAAGGACCUAAGAUAAAGUCAGAGAGAAGUCAUCUGAAGGACUGGUAUAUAUGGCCAUAUAUCAACAUAGAAGACCUCGUGCGGGGAAAGUCAUUUCUUCUUUUUCUCAACAGCAGGUAUGUUACAGUAGCUUUCCGGCAUCUCUGUAUUUUGGGCAGCAAGAACUGCGGCAUGGGGUCCAUGUUGAACCAUUCAGAUGAGCUUGAUACGUGAUUGUUCUAGGUACCAAGCUGCGGCCCCGUCCUCUCUGCAUCUGGGAAGUUAGGCCCUCAAACUGCUGCCACUAAUCUUUGGUUUUUCGCUCUGAUGGUAUCAUGGGAGAGUUGAAUCAUGGUUUUGAGUGAACCUCAACCCAUACAAGUCAUAUUACUUUCGGUCAUCAUUCCACACACAUCUGCAAGAAGGCAUUAUGGUGUUCUAGAAGUUCUUGGACAAACGACUUUUAUCGAAUACAUAAGAUAACGCAACCCUGUCUCCUUUUGCAUUUCUAUAACGGGAGCUUAAUGGAUUUCAUUGUUCGAGGCUUCUAGAAUGAUAUCAAGUUUACAUGAGUGUACCCAAGCCCCUCGGCUUCCAUGUUUUUCCUAUUGCUUUUACUUUCCAUGACCCCCUACUUGCUCAACUGACAUUUCCACGUAGAGGGCGUAACCCCCCAUACAUGUUUGCACAUGCAGAUUUUGAAGCAAUGAGGAUCGGACAUAUCAGCGGUGCAUGUAUUCCGGCGUUUCUCAACUUACACACAAUGUUCCUGGACGGAACGAGCCCUGAAUCCUAUGGCCGGUUAAUUUCAUGGGACGACAACGAUGACGCUAUGGAGAUGUGCGUGUCUAGGAUCAAGCACCAGCCUGGAGAAGGCCUCAUGAUUUUGCAAAUCCAGCAAAAGAUCUUCCACUUUCUCUUAGACUGUUCCAAAGCAAUCCUUCACGACUUCUCAACGGAGAUACUUCUCCAGGCCCCAAUCAAAUCAGAGCCCCCUUCUCUACAUGAUACAGCGGAACAUCUACAAAUUUCUUCAGUCGUUGCAGAGACGCCAUAUAGGCUUCCAGCCAAAAUCGACUUUUUACGCCUACAAGCUAUAGUCGAUGCCCAAUUCUCUAGGUAAGCCGCGAACUUGUAUUCAUAUUUGGGCAGGUAGUAAAUGGCUUUUAAGAGCUUCACCAAAAUUAUUUGAAACUCACAGUCGUCGGAAUUACAGCUUAUUGACUUUUAUAGUGCCGAAGAUCACAUACAUCAUCUAAGAGAGGAUCCCGACGACUUCCAAGAAAUCGUCAAAGACUGGGCCGACCACCGACAAGAGACCUUAUUAGACACAUUACGCAUGAAGCAUCCUGUACUAAGCAAGCCUAUAUUUUGGGACCGAGUAAUUCACGGGGUGAUCUCCAGUGCAUACUCUGCGAUAGUUGUAUGGGGUCAGAUCCGGAACCAGCUCGGCCAGGUUGCCGACUUACAAGCAAAAUACUUAGAAGAGAUAUCGCCCAACAAUCGACUUCCAGAGGAAUACCUCAAAGCUUUACUAUUGCUUCAUCACAUCUUGGAACAAAGUAAGAAUACUCCGAUCGCUCAACUCAAACAGGGCUUGGUCGCUUCUCCACCGCUGCGUUCAGACUUUGUACGACAACCUCAAAUUGGUGAAACGACGAUAAUUAGGGUUCAAAGCAAGUCGGGGAAAACCUCUCAUUUGAUGUGGCUCUUUCAAUCUCUCUGGAACGAACAGCAAUUACUACUUCUAGGCUUGCCUGCCAUCGUGGACGAAAUUGAGAAAGUAACUCAGAAUGAUCCUUCUGAAAAGUCCUCGCUUUCCUCUUGGGUUUCAAAUGUGUUUUCAGAGCUCGGUCUUAUUGCCCGGAUACGCCAUGAGCUGGAUAGAUACUUCCCAUGGGCAGCUGGGUUUGAACACGCGAAAAUAGAUCACGGGGAUGAAGUCAAAACAACCUUUAGCGAGAGAUUCGCUUCCGUAGCAGAUAUCCUAGAUGGUCUACAGGGUAUCUCAUUCGCCAAGAUCUGGUCUCCUGCAGACAACGGUUUUUAAGGGUUUCCCUACCCCUCAGAAAAGCGCCGCACGAAGGAAAAUGUUGAAAAGAUGCGUCAAGCCGAAGAACAUUUAGACUACUUCUGGAAGAUGGUUGAUUUAAAGUGCCAAAGAAAGUGGGAAAACCUCUCGCGCAGAUUGUGGGUAAUUUUCUCAGUGACCUACAUCCAAUAGAGCGUACACCGGCAUGGGUUGAGCUAUCCAACAAGGGUUCCAAGGCAACAGCACCAAAGGGUAAACUAUCUGAAGCCUUCUCGGAGCUCCAGCUUCCAUCUGAGGAACCAUCUAAAUUUGUGGCGCCGGAAAUGAAGUCCAAACUGAAAACUCGAGGAGAGGCAACCCCAAGACAAACUGAAGCAAAGGCAGCAAACGAAGACAUCCCCGAGGCUCAAUAA